UUGUUUUAGUCUGCCAUGUAGGAAAUUGCUCCAUGUCUGUGCAUAAAUAUGAGAAUAAUCAACAUGCAUUCAAAGUUUCCUGGAUUGUAUAAUUUGGAGCUCUUGUUUUUCCCAGCCAGAGAAUAACCCCCGUUCAUGCCGGUGUCGGACCGUACAGACCUCUCUUACGUCACAUGAAGACCUGGACUAAUUGUGUGAAAUCCUGAGAGUAUUUAGAGGCCCAGAGCGGCAGACGGGCAGACACAGUCCUCCGACGCAGCAGCCCAGCAGCCUCAGCAUGAUCAACUUCAUCCUCCUGGCCGGUCACUUCACCAGCUUCGUCCCCAUCUCGGCCGUGCUGCUGUACGUCCUGGUCAAGCUGGUGUCCAGCUGCCGGCGCGGCCAGGUGGACGGCCGCGGCUAUGCCGUGCUGGUCACGGGCUGCGACAGCGGCUUCGGCCACCGGCUGGCUCUCGGCCUGGACCGGAGGGGGUUCGUGGUCUUCGCCGGGUGUCUGAGUCCAGAAGGAGUCGGGGCCCAGAGUCUGGCCAGAGACGGCUCCAGCAGGAUGAAGCUGCUCAAACUGGACGUCACCAAAGACCAGGACGUGCAGCAGGCCCAGAAGACGGUCCGGAAGAACCUCCCGGAGAAAGGUCUGUGGGCGGUUGUGAACAACGCCGGGAUCUCAGACUGGGCCGAGAUCGAGUGGAGCACGACGGAAGAUUUCCGCCACAUGGCCGAGGUGAACCUGUUCGGCAGCAUCAGGACCGCCGUGGCGUUCCUGCCGCUGGUCCGAGCCUGCAGAGGUCGGAUGGUCUUUGUGUCGAGCAUCUUUGCCUUCUUCAACUGCCUGAACAUGGGAGCCUACAGCGUGUCCAAGAGAGGACUGGAGGCCUUCGCUGACUGUCUGAGGGUAGAAAUGGCCAGUUUUGGAGUCAAGGUCAGCAUCAUCCAGCCGGGAAACUUCGCCGGCGCCACAAACAUCCAGAAGAUAAAAACCAGUUCCGACAUCUGGGAGAAACUGGACGACGACAAGAAGCUGAUGUUCAACCGGCGGUACGUGGAGCUGGCCAACGACUACUUCCUGUCCAUGUGCAGGACGGGAUUCAGAAGCCCCGACCUGGUGGUGGAUGCCCUGCUGCACUCCGUCACGUCCACUCAGCCCAAGAGCAGAUACCUGCUGGUGUCUGCGCUGGACAAGUUCUUCUUCAAGCUCUUCCCUUUCCUGCCCGCCGUCCUCACGGACGCCGUGUUUUCCUUCAGCGCCAUGUACGCCAGGAGAGGAAACAUGCUUUAUGCUAAAUGAGACGCACACGACACAG